AUGGAACUCACGCAUGGAAAAAGAGAGAGCUUUUACGACACUGAUCAGGAAGAAGAGCAGGUCGAGUUCUGUAGACACCCCCCCUUCGUCCCUUCCUCCCCUUCGCCGUCAUCGUUGUCCACCGGCGUCAGGUCGAUCGACGGCAUGGGCAAUGAUUCUUUCAUACUGAAGGAGUACAUGUUCGACAAGGUUGUGACGCCGAGCGACGUCGGCAAGCUGAACCGGCUGGUGGUCCCGAAGCAGCACGCAGAGAGACACCUGCCGAUGGAUGCCUUGGCCAACGAGAAGGGCCUGCUGCUAUGUUUCGAGGACCGGACGGGGAAGCCGUGGCGCUUCCGCUACUCCUACUGGAACAGCAGCCAGAGCUACGUGAUGACCAAGGGGUGGAGUCGAUUCGUCAAGGAGAAGGGCCUCGAUGCUGGGGACACCGUCUCCUUCAGCCGCGGCGUCGGUGAGUUGGGACGCCACCGCCUUUACAUCGACUGGAAGCGACGACCUCAGAGCCGCGCCCGGCCACGGGUUCCACUCCCUGCACUGUCCUUUGCGCGGCCCGUCUGGCAGUGCAGCGGCAACAGCUGGCAGGCACGAACCCACGUUGCGGCGAGCUUGGGCUCGGUCAGCCGGCACCCUCUGUACCUCAGACCGCUGGCCGCGAGACCGCCGCAGAAGGAGGUGCAACAGGCAGGUAGCAGCGGCGUGCCGUCGGCGCCCCUCGUUCGCGGCCAGGCCGCCGUCAAGCGAGUUAGGUUGUUCGGCGUGAACCUGGAUUGUCCUGACACCGAAGGCGACGCCAAUUGCCGCAUCCGGAGUACUCCACCCGUGGGCGCGCCUCGGUUUCAGCCGAGGACUGCACCACCGCUGCUCGAGCCGUCACGUGCUGUCGGCGAGACACUGGCAUGCUCCUCCUCGUUGUGA